AUGCAUGGUAUCCAGUGUCACGGACAGGAAUCACAGAUCCGAGAUUGCAACAUCUCCAAUUCUUUGAAAUCGUCUGUGACAGACAGCGGGGGCGUAGGCAUCCUCUGUUCAGAACAUAUCCAGUUAAGGCUGUCAGAUGGAGGAACCCGUUGUGCUGGUCGAUUGGAAAUUUACUACAAAGGGACAUGGGGAUCAGUUUGUGAUGACUCCUGGGAUGUGAGAGACGCUGAAGUGGUUUGUAAACAACUGGAUUGUGGAGGUGCACUGGAAAGGGCCCUUCCUUCCUCCUGCGGGCCGGGCUCAGGGCCAGUUUGGUUGAAAGAUGUGAACUGUUCUGGAAACGAAUCAUUUCUCUGGGAAUGCCCUUCAGCACCAUUCGGUCAGCAAGACGACUGUUCUCAUAAAGAGGACGUAAGAAUAAUGUGCUCAGAUCACAAGGAGAUGCGGCUGGUGAAUGGAAAGCAUCGGUGUGAGGGAAGAGUGGAAGUGUUCUACAAUGAGGCCUGGGGAACGGUGUGCUCAGAAAGUCUGGACUUCCACGAUGGGGAAGUGAUUUGUAAACAGUUGCAGUGCGGUGCUCUCCAGGACAUUGAUUAUUACACUCAGCGAUUCGGAGCAGGAACGGGACCUAUUUGGCUCGAUGAAGUGGAGUGCCUGUCACACGAGCCAACCCUGUGGCAAUGUAAGAGAAAUCCGUGGGGUCAACACAACUGCGAACACAGGGAAGAUGCAGGUGUUAUUUGUUCAGGUAACACAGCAAAUCUCAAAUUUCCAUUGUCAUUUCAAAAACUGAUUUCCAAUGGAGUCAACAUGUUCCUCCUCUUCACAGAGACCAAUGCAACAAAGGAGCAGUCCCUCAAUUCAAAUUCUUGCCAUCAGCAAGCAGAUUCGCAACACAACGUGACCCUGGUUGGAGGAAGCAGCAACUGUUCUGGGAGAGUGGAGAUAAUGUGCGAUGAAGGUUGGGGCGCGUUGUGUGGCGAUUCCUGGGAUUUGACUGAGGCCAAUGUUGUCUGCAGACAGCUGGGAUGUGGCUUCGCUCUAUCAUCCCAAGGAGGGUCCGCUUAUUCCCAGGCGAAAGGCAUAAUCUGGCAGAAUGAUGUGAAGUGUAAGGGAAGUGAAUCCUCUCUGUCAGACUGUCUGUCCAUGGAACCAACGCAAAAGGAGUGUGAUCGCAAGGGAAUUGCCCAUGUGAUCUGUUCUGGACAGGCAAGGACAUCUAUUUCCAUACCUGGCAUCAUCUGCUUAGCGUUGGCAGUCCUGUUAAUCUGUGAUGUGAUCGCGCUGCUGGUCGUAAUGCAGAGAAAAUAUCAAAGGAAAGGCCGUUACACUGGUGGCUCAAGCCUUGGUUUGUAUCAAGGAAUUUAUGAAGAAAUUGCGGACAUUCCCCCUGUCAAGAAGACUUCUGAGAAACAUGGGUCAGCUCCAGUUCAGGGCCAUUACGAUGACAUUGAGACUGAAUCUCAGGAUGGUCAAUCACAAUUGGAAAGUAAUGCUGAUGAAUCCCUCGCACUGACAAAUGCUGACGAUGGUCUUUGUUCAGUCGGUAAAUGUUAGAGUCUAUUUCAGCAUGGGCUGUCCGGAGCCGAUAAUAUUGCAAGAAACCGUCCACUUACAUUUUUAACAAGCU